GCUGAUGCACGCUAUAUGUACCUAUAUCUCGACAUGGCGGUAUUAUUGAUAGUCUGAUAAAUUGAUGCAAAAAUUUGUUUGUACAGUGGAUGUAAGAUUUAAAGCCGGUUCCGUGAAUGACCGUUCAACUUAUUUGCUUUGAAGUGUAAAUUAAAAAAGAUGACGUCCGCUGCAGCAAAACGCAAGGCAGACGCUCAAAUCCCGGCGGAGGAGAGUGACUUGCUCUCCAUUCGACCUCUGGGUGCUGGUCAGGAGGUGGGCCGAUCUUGCAUCAUGCUAGAGUUCAAGGGAAAGAAGAUCAUGCUCGACUGUGGAAUUCACCCUGGCUUGAGUGGGCUCGAUGCUCUACCCUUCGUAGACAUAAUAGAAGCAGACGAAAUUGACUUGCUGUUGAUUUCUCAUUUCCAUUUGGACCACUGUGGAGCGUUACCUUGGUUCUUGCAAAAGACUAACUUCAAAGGCAGGUGUUUCAUGACCCAUGCCACUAAAGCUAUCUAUCGGUGGUUGCUCUCAGAUUAUAUCAAGGUGAGCAACAUUGCCACGGAGCAAAUGCUCUACACCGAAGCAGAUCUUGAAUCCAGUAUGGACAAGAUAGAAACUAUCAAUUUUCAUGAAGAGAAGGAUGUCUACGGUAUAAAAUUUUGGGCAUACAAUGCUGGGCAUGUAUUGGGUGCUGCUAUGUUCAUGAUUGAAAUAGCAGGUGUAAAAAUCCUCUACACUGGAGACUUCAGUCGCCAAGAGGAUCGGCACUUGAUGGCAGCAGAGAUUCCGAACGUUCACCCAGACGUCCUGAUCACCGAGUCAACUUACGGUACACACAUCCACGAAAAGCGCGAGGACCGUGAAGGUCGGUUUACGAACCUGGUUCACGAGAUAGUGAACCGCGGUGGUCGUUGUCUCAUCCCCGUCUUUGCCCUGGGUCGAGCCCAGGAGCUUCUCCUCAUUCUGGACGAAUACUGGAGCCAGCAUCCAGAGCUCCACGAGAUUCCGAUCUACUACGCCUCCUCGCUCGCUAAAAAGUGCAUGGCCGUGUACCAGACCUACGUGAACGCUAUGAACGACAAGAUUCGUCGACAGAUAGCCAUCAACAAUCCUUUUGUUUUCAAGCACAUCUCGAAUCUCAAGGGAAUCGAUCAUUUUGACGAUAUCGGACCUUGUGUGGUGAUGGCCUCGCCCGGUAUGAUGCAGAGUGGACUGUCGCGCGAGCUCUUCGAAUCGUGGUGCACUGAUGCCAAAAACGGAGUAAUCAUUGCUGGUUACUGCGUCGAGGGAACCCUCGCAAAGACCAUACUUUCCGAACCCGAGGAGAUCACGACUAUGAGCGGGCAGAAGCUAUCACUCAAGAUGUCGGUAGAUUACAUCUCUUUCUCUGCUCAUACGGACUACCAGCAGACUUCGGAGUUUAUCAGGAUUCUGAAACCACCCCACGUGAUUCUCGUCCACGGCGAGCAGAACGAAAUGAGCAGGCUGAAAGCUGCGCUACAGAGAGAAUACGAAGACGAUCCUAGCACUGCUAUGGAGAUUCACAAUCCCAGGAAUACGGUAGCGGUGGAACUUUACUUUAGAGGAGAAAAGACAGCGAAAGUCAUGGGAGCUUUGGCCAUGGAGACUCCGAAACCCGGACAAAAGCUCUCGGGCGUCUUGGUCAAGCGAAACUUCAACUACCACAUGCUCGACCCUUGUGAUCUGUCCAAAUACACGGACAUGAGCAUAAGCCAAGUUAUUCAGCGUCAAAGCGUCUAUUACUCCGCCUCCCUACCAACUUUGAAGCACCUCCUUACACAAAUCGCUGGUACUUUGGACAUAAUCGACGACAAGAAACUGCGGGUAUUCAAGAACGUCGACCUCACUAUCGAGGGCAAGAUCGUAACAAUGGAGUGGCUCGCGACGCCAGUGAACGACAUGUACGCCGAUGCCGUACUAACAGCGCUGUUACAAGCUGAGACUAUGGACAGCAAUCCGAAGAUGCUCACGGCACCCACCAAGAUGGACAGGAUGCACUUCAAGGAGUGUCUCAUCGAGAUGCUGCAGGAGAUGUUCGGAGAGGACUCCGUGCCCAAGAUUUUCAAGGGAGAAAAGCUGUACGUCACAGUUGACGGCAAGAAGGCUCACAUAGACCUCCUGAGUCUAGACGUUUCCUGCAAGGAGGACGAGGUCUUUCAACAGAUCGUUCAGACGGCUGUGUCGAAGCUGCACCAGUCUCUCGCGCCGCCCUCCGAUUCGUGAACGAGCGAGUUUCUACUUUGUGUAUUUAUAUUCUUUUUUUACGCUACUCUCGUAGAGUCUUGCGAAAGAGGCUUUACGAGCUUUACGAGGCGGCGUUGAUUGGCGCGCUGAGCGCAGCAAGUGAUUCGUCAAUUCGCCAGACGCGUUUUCUAGAAAAGCGCAUUUUAAACUCUAAUUACUCCCAGCACGGCAUUCUCUUUUAUGACAAUGCAGCCGUGUCAUCGCGUUCGGAAGUGUGUUCGUGCUACCGCUGUGCUAUGGGCGUAAUAGCCGACGGCGUUCUCACGUUUCGAUGACUGUCCGAGCCGGGGGAAACGUAACUUUUGAUUAAAUAAAAUAAGUACUUGACUUUUUGACUGUUCUCUAUCGUCGCUUGGAGUAAUGCUGUACAUAUUAUAAUCAAAUGAUCGUGUAACAAUUAUAGCCUUAAGGAUAAUAAAUGAAUAGUUUUUGACGAAUGAAAA